AUGGAAGAGGUGAAAGCUCAUAAAUCCCGCGACGACGCCUGGAUGGUCCUCUCUGGCCGCGUGUACAACAUAACCCCCUACAUGCCCUUCCACCCCGGCGGCGCCGACAUCCUGAUGGCGGCGGCGGGCAAGGACGGCACGGCGCUGUUCCAGCGGUACCAUCCCUGGGUCAACGGGCACGCGCUGCUGGAGAGCUGCCUGCUGGGAUCAGUCAAGACGAACAGCGGCGGGCGCAGCCCUCUUGGGGGGGGAGGUAGCAGCAGCGCCGGGGCCAACAGCGGCGCGGGGGGCAGCAGCGGCGCCGGGGCCAGCCGCGGCGCCGGGGGCAGCAGCGGCGCCACAGGCAGCAGCAGCGCCCCAGGCAGCAGCGGUGUCGGGGCCAGCAACGGCGCCGCGGUCAGCAGCGGCGCCACAGGCAGCAGCGAAAACGGUGGCAGCAGUGAAAACGGUGGUGCAGGCAGCGGGGUUGUGCAUGCUAACACCGGGGAUGCUGCUGUGUAG